AAUGGUUCCGGUGUAGCUGGGGGUCACACAGAGGGGGAGUGAAACGUAAAGACUUCAAAAUGCUGUUACGAAAAGUGUUGCACAUCGGAGGCUUGACACUGAAACACAGCAGGUCCAUCCACCACAGUCCUGUAUGGAGGAGUCCUCUGAUACCCAUCGUUGUGGAGCAGACAGGGAGAGGAGAACGAGCGUAUGACAUCUAUUCUCGCCUCCUGAGAGAGAGAAUCAUUUGUGUCAUGGGUCCUAUUGAUGACUCUGUAGCCAGUCUGGUUAUUGCCCAGCUGCUCUUCCUACAGUCAGAAAGCAACAACAAACCCAUCCACAUGUACAUCAACAGUCCUGGUGGUGUGGUGACAGCAGGCCUGGCCAUUUACGACACCAUGCAGUACAUCCUUAAUCCCAUCUCAACCUGGUGUGUUGGCCAGGCCGCCAGUAUGGGCAGCUUGCUCCUGGCAGCAGGAACGUCGGGCAUGAGGCAUUCACUGCCCAAUGCCCGCAUCAUGGUUCACCAGCCUUCAGGAGGCGCCAGGGGUCAGGCCACAGAUAUCGCCAUCCAGGCUGAGGAGAUCCUGAAGCUGAAGAACCAGAUCAAUAACAUCUAUGCCAAACACACAGGGCAGCCACUGGAAACCAUUGAGGGUGUGAUGGAGCGGGAUCGCUACAUGAGCCCUAUGGAGGCGCAGGACUUUGGUCUCAUCGACCGGGUCCUGGUCCAUCCACCCCAGGCAGGCCAGGAUGAGCCAGAGCUGGUGCAGAAAGAGCCACCAGCGGCAGCCAGUCCCUCUCCACAGCCGGAGUCUCCAGCCCCUGAGCAGGCCUCCACAGGGACAAAUCCCCCCUCCUCAUACAAACCUGAGCCAUGAACCAACCACAGAGCUGUCUGGAUUAUACCUGACAGUUCCCGAGAACAAGGCAGAGCCUCCGUGGUCUUCUCUAAGCGGCCUCUUCCCCUUAACCAACACUCUGCAGCCUCCACACGGGCAGGCAUCAUGUACAGCAGAAAGUAACAUGUCAUCAUAUAAAGUGAAUCCAAUGUUUGGUACAGGCCCUUUUAAAUUAUUUUUCUGAUAUCGAUUGUGGUUUAUAAAAUAAAAGUCAAAGCAGUGAUGGCUGAAAAGUUGUCAGCAGUAGUCAGUCAUCUUUUUGACUCCACACACAACUUGUUCAUUACUCAGCUCUGAAGGAAAUGGUCGUAUUUCAGCUAAGUUCAUCUUUGUGCUCAUGGAGUGAAAGCACAGCUAGAUAAGAUGCUCUAUCGUACAUGAGUUUAUUCAGGGGAGGGGAGGCCUGUUAAGACCGUGGAACCAUCUUGUUCUGGUCCUCCUUGCUGCAGAGAUGUCCACUGAAGCGUGGAGAGGACCUGUAUAAUCUGUAUUUCACUAUGCAUAUUUGUAAUAAAUAUGAUCAUUUUGACCACAGUUCACAAAACAUGGACUGCUUGUUCUUGAUCCAUAGUUGUCUUAAAUCCAUCCUGUUAUCUAAAGAUCAUCACAUCCACAGAAACUGAAGGGCUGCACCCUCAUCCUCGCAUCCAAAGUAUAGAAUUAUUCAUCAAGGCACAAUUCAAAAAUAAGGAAAUUAAAGUUAUAGGCUGCAGAUCAUUUAGUCACGUGUCUGACUAAAUUGAAAGUUUAUGUGAUGAAAUGACAGCAGUUACACAGCCACACCACCCACCUUUUAUUCUGAACUCCUGCUUCCAUUUCAGACAUCACUGUACUGUGUAGAGUUUAAAAAAGAUGGAAAACCUAUGCCAAAAUGUUACAAUUUCCUAAACUGAUAUUAGAACUACAACAAUUUACACUCCUUCAGACCUUUAUUCUGGUAGCAUCAAGUUUUCCACUAAGAUAUCUUUUACUUGA